GUAAAUUAGGCCCUAUAAAUACCUACUACAAUCGUCUAACGCCAAAAUCACAACUCGUAAAGAGUACACAAUAAACGCCUGGUCUGUUUGCCUUAAGUGUGUGGAUUUUUUGUAACUAGCACCGCCUGCCAUCUGCCCUCUUCAAGGAUCGUGACGUAACAGUGCAACAAAGCCACAGAUUUCCGAACUGUGUGGGUUGAAACCAACAUGGCACCCUCAUCCCGACUCAACAAAAACGGAUAUAGCAGGGAUGAAGAUGAAUACUACGGUGUUAAAGGAGACAGAAAGACGAGAAAACCCUUGGUGGAGAAAAAGAGGCGAGCUCGUAUCAAUGAAAGUUUGCAGGAGCUCAGGUCUCUGAUCACGGACACAGACGUCCAGUCAAAGAUGGAGAAUGCAGAAGUUCUUGAAAUGACUGUGAAGCGAGUUGAACAAAUUCUACAGAAUCGAACUCAAGAAGCGGACACUAUGAAUCGGGAGGCGAGCGAGAGGUUUGCAGCCGGCUACAUUCAGUGCAUGCACGAGGUGCACACAUUCGUGUCCAACUGCCCUGGGAUUGAUGCGACAGUGGCUGCCGAGCUGCUCAACCACCUCCUGGAAUGUAUGCCAUUGAACGAGGACCACUUUCAGGACAUGCUUGUGGAUGUAAUGUCAGAGACUUCCAGCAAUGGCAGCACUUGGUCAGCGAGUGAAGGGAUUUACACAGCACUGUUAUCACCGGGGGGUCGGAGUAUGUCGAGCUCUACCUUAUCGGACCUUUCACCGGCGCCCUCCAUCACGAUCAGCGAGGAUCUGUGUUCUGAUCUGGACGACACUGACAGUGAUCAGAGCCACAUUUCUCCCGAGGCUAUUGAGAACCAGGAGGUCCAAAAUAUGCCCACAACUACCUAUUCAGCAUCUAUGUGGAGACCGUGGUAAAUUGUGAAUCGUGGUCUUGUCCUUGAGAAUGAUUGAGGAGUAGUUAUGCGUUUCCAUCGGAUUGCAGUUAGCCAAGUGUGACGACAAGACUUUGAGAAGCGAACAGCACUGUUCUCGUCUGCGUAUCCCAUUUAGACCAGAGACAGACUGACCCGUCUGUCUGUUUUGUAAAUAUCUGUCUAUUCACAGGGGACACCGCAAAGAAAAGCUCUUUACAAAAAAAGAUCAGAACCUGAGUUUUCAUGCACACAAUUCACUGAAGAAAAACUAUUAAACAUAAACACCGAUAUUAUAAAAAAAAGCUUAUAACUGCAUGUACAUGUUUAGGUGUAUAUAUUAUCACAUUAUAGUGGGGAUUUUCAAGUCAAUUGGGUAUUGCUACCUUCAAUGAAGGGAGGGUAAAUUACAAAUGUAAAUAGGUCAUUCUUGGUAGCGGGGUUGUUGUUUCCCACAAAUUUAAAUUGCUCUCGAUAAUGCAGUGCCUAUAUAUUGUAUAUUUUGUGACUCAAUCCACCGUUGGUUAAUAAACAAUAAAUUAAUAAAAGAACAUUUGCAAAUAAUGCAUAUUGUAGUAAAUAAUGUGAAUUUAAUGUCAAUGUUUGUGUGUGACUUGUGUUAGGCUAGUUCAGUACAAUGUUUCCAAAAGUGAACUUGUCUCCAGUUGCCUGCGUCGAUGCAGUGCGACAUCAGAUUGUAUCAAGAUCUUGUUUUCAACCCAUUAAAUGCAUAACGAUUUCGCCAAACACAUUGCGGUCUGCUUAAUCCAAUGGAUACUUUGUUUUGCACAUGGCCUAACUGAAGACGUUUGAAUAAAAAGUACUUUAAGCACAAUCAA